GAGGACGUAGAGAGCAUCAUUGACAAGCUCAAAUCACUCGAAUUAAAGUUGAAGAAAGAUUUCCAGGAGAUAGAUGAUGACGAUAGAGAAGAAAUUGUACAGGAGUACAUGCGCAACGUGCUGCAGGUGUUGGACAGGUCGGACCCCCACCGGUGGAGGGACGUGAAUACUACCAUAAGAGCCCUCGCCUCCACCAAGCUUCAGGACAGCCUCAACAAGGCCUCUCUUGCCAUAGCCUCUCUCCCCUCCAACUACACCAACUUCACCAGAAGCUACCCAUCAAAUAUUUCCAAUUCAUCCAUCAUACGGCAGUAUCCAAGUUAUUUUACAGCUCUGAGGAGAAGACAUCAACACCAUAGUUUUAACCAGACCAGUAUUGAGCUCCCAGUGAACUUCCACCAGAACUACAUUGAUGAUGAUGGGUUGAUCACUGUUCUCUUCCACUCUUUCGAUGGUCUUCACUGCGCUACCAACUCCGUCCCAUGUGACCCAGACAAGGCCAACAUAUCAGAGGUACAAGCAGAUAGACAGAUCAACAGUCCCAUCAUUGGAGCAACAGUUAGAAACAACUCUAUCUGGAAAUCACGUAAGUUGUGUGUUAUGUGUCAUAUGUACACCGCUUGGGUGGCAUGUGUCAUAUCUGUUUCACCUAAAAAAGACCAACAAUUAUUCAGCGACCAUUUUAAGACCGAUUUUUCUUCAGAGACCAUUUAUGACCAAAAAUAUGACAAAGCCCCAUAUGAAGACCGAAAUAUACCGAAAUUUGCCAGAUUAUUUUAG